AAAACCAACUCUAACAUUUGCAUCGACGCCAAUUGUGACGACAAAAACAAGAAACUUGAAAUUAAAAACACAAAUGUAAAAGUUUAACAUAAAUUUAAUUGGCUAUUUCAUUCCAAAAUGAGUGCCUACGAUCGCAAAGUAUUGAAAAAACAGUGCCCCUUAAGAAAAUCUGUGGAUGCGGACAGUGCAAUGGAAGAAUCGGGCUACGCAUCCUUCCGAGUGCAGCACAAUUCGACCGUGGAGGCGCCAUUUUUAUUUGAACGUGAUAGCGAGACGGAGAACUGGCGCAAUGCGCCAAAUACGACGACGCAAUCUCACUUCAACUCGAUACAAUUCCAAACGCCGAACAGCACCAGCUGCGACGACUCUAUCUUUGCGCCUUGGCACAAGUCGUUCUGCCUGCCCUCCGUCAGCUGUGUGCAGUUGGAGGAGAGCGAGGAUGAGGGUGCGCAGGCUUGCAAGUCGCCGCUGCUGCAGUCCCCCAGCCAACCAAAAUGCGCGGCCAAACGCCGAAAGUCACAUUAUCAGCCGAUGGCUCAUCACAGCAGUCCCAAGAAGUCAAAGAAGAAACUCUUCCCGCAACCCACCGUGGACUCCGUUUGUCGCACCCGCUACUACGACGGCUGUGAGCACCUGGACAUCGUGGGCAUGCUGAGUAACACGCUGCCCGCGCUAGAGUGCAUUCUGUCGCACGUCAGUUCAAGCACGCUGGAAAACAUGACCAAGGUGUCAGAGCGCUGGGCGCAAGCGGUGCACACGAGCAAGCGGGCUACAGAACGCCUGCACAAUCAUCGCUUCAAGAUGAACCUCACUAAGGAGAACGCCCCACUGCCCCUCAAACCCGAGCGAAUGCUUUUUAAGUCGAUGAACAAUAAUUUAGUGCCAUUUCAACCAUCCAAUGCCAUUCAGAGACCAAACAAAGCCCACAACGGCCACAGGAUCACGCCCAAAGAUGAGAACAGCCCGCUGCUCGUGGAGCAGCUGCAACGCAUAAAGUGUCCGCGCUGCGGCAAAUCCAGCAGAGUAUUCUACAGCCAGCCACCGGUCGAGCAGACGCCGAAACUGAAUCGGCAGCUGUCGACCCGAGCUGCUCUCUCACAGACGUUGCCCCACGCAAAGUCCUUCAACGAGCCAAAGAGCGGCGGGCUCACGCGCUUCUAUUCGCUGGACGAGGUGAAGAGCUCGCCGAUUCUCCAGAACACCGGCCCCUCGCAGGCCUACUCCAUCGGCGAGUGCACUAGCGUCUUCUGUAAGUUUCGUUUCUGCGUCCACUGCUGCUGCCCGCCGCAUCCUGGCGCCAAGUGUCUGGUCACAGAGAUGGGCACGCCCUCGAAGGUGAUGAUGCCCAGUGAAAGGGUUACGCCGCCCAAGCGCAAUCAAAAAUUCGACUACAAACUGAGUCGCAAGAAUUCGCUAAAGCGACUUAACUUUUAGGCAAAGAACAAAGGAACACA